AUUUUUUCCCAGUGAAUGUUGUUGAACUUCUUGCGAUGAAGUCAGACGUGCCGACGAGCCCCAAUUUGUGUUCCUUGUUAUAAAACAUAAAAUAAAAACUAUCUUUAAAAAAUUAUUAGGAUAUUGAAACACACCUGUUUAUGUAUCACGAUGAGCUCGUGAACACACACAGUGUCCACAUGUGACGGACGGACGGUGGAGCUUAGUAAAAAAAAAAGGCUACGACAUCGGGGGCAGACAGACUCGAGUGAGCAGACUGAGACUUUUGUAAUGGAAGACAGCACCCCAGUCAGCAGGUCUGCAUGUGCAAGCUAUGAAAAUAAUUCAUCAGAAGAUAGUGUUUACUUGGACUACAAUGCUACCACUCCUCUGGAACCAGAAGUCCUUGAUGCAAUUCACAAUGCGUUGGGUGCUGCUUGGGGGAAUCCAAGUAGUUCAUAUCAUGCAGGUCAGAGAGCAAAGCAGAUCAUCACUGAGGCAAGAGACAACAUUUGCAAGAUGAUUGGAGCACAUCAAUCAGAUGACAUCGUAUUCACUUCAGGCGGCACAGAGACUAACAACAUGGUGAUCCACACUGCGCUCCAACAUUUCUGGAAGACUUUUCCUCAGCUCGACCCCGGUGACCCGAGCCUCGGAGUCAGACCGACCAAUCAGCAUAGAUUCCUCCCCCAUGUGAUCACGUCCAACUUGGAGCACGACUCCAUCAAACUAGUACUUGAACAACUGGCUGAUGAGCGACAAGUCGUGGUGACCUUUGUGCCAGCUUCAAAGCUCACAGGUCAUGUUGAGGUCAGUGACAUCAUUGCUGCCCUACGACCUACGACCUGUCUGGUAACCAUCAUGCAUGCAAACAACGAGACAGGCAUCAUUCAGCCAAUACCAGAAAUUUGCCGCCAGAUUCGAGCCAUCAAACGCGAUUCGAGACGAGAAAUGCCACGGAUCCUUCUCCACUCAGACGCAGCUCAGACUAUCGGCAAGAUUCAGGUGAAUGUAGAGGAGCUGGGCAUUGACUACCUGACUAUCGUUGGCCACAAGUUUUAUGGACCUAGGAUUGGAGCGGUUUUCGUGAGGGGGUUAGGUAAGACCACGCCCCUCUACCCGAUGCUGUAUGGAGGUGGGCAGGAGAGAAACUACAGACCAGGUACAGAAAACACUGGAAUGAUUGCAGGGUUAGGGAAGGCUGCUGAAUUGGUGAGCGAGAACUUGGAAAGGUAUGAGGAGCAGAUGAGAGAAGUACGAGACUACCUUGAGGAGAGAUUACAGGAAACGUUUGGAAGUCGAGUUCAUUUCAACAGUAGAUUUCCAUCUGGAAGUAGAAGAAUCCCAAAUACGUGCAAUGUGUCAGUAAUCGGAGAGGGACUACAGGGUUAUAAAGUACUAGAGAGGGUGAAUGUUCUACAGGCGAGUGUAGGAGCAGCUUGUCAUUCCGAGUUGCAAUGCAAGCCAUCUCACAUACUGCUAGCAGUGGGAGUGCCAUCAGAUAUUGCAGCCAAUGCACUAAGGCUUAGUGUCGGACGUCACACUACAAGAGACGACAUAGAAAGAGUUGUCGACGACAUCAAACAAGGGAUAGAUGGGCUACUAAACGAACUAGAUUAAUGGAACUUUGCAGCUGCUG